CAGCGUCCUUGUUUUGUUGACGUUGCAGACGGCGUUUUUAGCUGAAACUGUCUUGUGUGUGUUUUUCUGGUGCGUAGCUGCGACUGCAGUUCUGUUGAUACUCCAGACUAAUGAAGCACGAUUUAGUUAAUCUCUCUUCAAUCGUAUCCUUGCGACAUCAGCGGGAUAUUUUCGGCGGCCUCGGCCACAGCGCUUCUCUAGUGCAGCCACGUAACGGAGGUUGGACGAAAUCGAACGCCGAGUUUGCCUAGUACUCUGUGUUCGCACCAUUCUUCACUGUGCGGUGUUAUAUUUAAAUGACCAUUGGAAAUGGCAGAGAAGAACCUUGUGGCAAAAGCCACAAAAGCAGCUUCGUACAACAUCGUUCUGCAGCUGACUCUGCGUGUUUUAACGUUCGUGCUGAAUGCGUACAUCUUGCGACACAUCACCAAAGACCUGCUGGGAGUUAUCAAUGUGCGACUCAUGCUUCUCUACACAACUGUGCAAUUCCUGAGCAGGGAGCCGUUCCGUCGAUCCUGUUUCAGUGAUGCAAGCAACCAAAACUGGCCUGCCAUCAUCAACGUAACCUGGCUGUGUCUUCCCGCUUGUGUCUUUAUUGGUGCCAUUAUGAGCUUUGUAUGGUUGUUCGUUCUCGAGAGGCCUGACCCCAUGGUGGCGACUGGCUACACGCUGGGCGUGCACUGUGUGGUCAUUUCUGUUAUCGUUGAAGUGCUUGCCGAACCUCUAUACGUUGUCAGUCAAGCAUUUCACUAUAUAAAGUUCAAAAUAUUUUUCGUGGGCAGCGGUAUUACCUUACGGUGCAUCAUAAUGGCGGUGCUCGUUGCCUUCGACCCGCAGAAUGCUAUUUGGGCUUACAGCGUGGCACAGCUCAUAUCAUCUGCAUAUUAUACUGUUGUUCUUUAUGCUUACUUUACCUUUGAAUCAAGGCGAUUGAACCGCGCCUGUGAAGAUAAACCAAAAGAGUCCAGCCGCAAAUGUGGCGACCAUACACUACCUUUCACCAGUACACUUGAUAUCAUUCCUUUCAUUGGCUGCAAUGGUACGCAGUUUGACCAAAAUGUCGCAAAGCUUACAUGGAGCUUUAUGAAGCAAACUGUGGCCAAGCAACUCUUGACCGAAGGUGAACGUUAUAUCAUGACUGUGUUCAACACACUAUCUUUUGCUGAACAGGGUGUAUACGACAUAGUCAACAACCUUGGUUCUUUAACAGCCCGUCUCGUCUUUCAGCCCAUUGAAGAAAGUAGCUAUGUGUUUUUCGCUCAAGUUGUACAGCGUGAUGUGCCACCCAGCCAACAAAAUGUUGACAGUGUCACGUUGAGUGUGCUAACCUUGAAACAGCUUCUAAAGUUGCUGACGCACAUUGGACUCAUCAUUUUCACUUUUGGUCAAGCUUACUCCACUCUUCUCCUACACCUGUAUGGUGGCAGUGCACUGAGUGACAGCUUAGCACCGCUGCUACUCAGGUGGCACUGUGCAUACAUUGUAUUAAUUGCUAUCAAUGGAGUCACUGAGUGCUUCGUGUUUGCUGCUAUGAGCAAGAAACAGCUGGACCAGCAUAACCGCAGGCUCGCCCUCUUUUCAGUCCUGUUCCUAUUUGUUGCAUACCUUCUGACCACUUUGUCUGGUGCGGUGGGGUUCAUUCUGGCAAACUGUUUUAACAUGAUUGCACGUAUUGGUUACAGUAUAUUUUUUAUAAGCACAUACUAUGCUAAAACUCAAUACCGUCCGUUGCAUGGUAUUCUUCCCAGUGCACGUGUGCUUGUAACUGCGGUGCUUAGUUAUCUAGUCACCACAAUUUCGGAAGCAGUGUUCUGCUGUCAUGCUGGAUUCAUUUACCUCUUGUUGCAUGCUGCUGUUGGUGCACUGUGCCUGUUUGUAUUCUUGUUUGCCAUCUAUGUCAAGGAGAAAGAACUAAUAGCAUUCCUCAAAACAUGCUGGCAUGAUGGAAGCUUUGGAAAAAGGUCUGAGAAGGUGCAAUAAGCAACACUGCUGUUUUUCUAUCCAUACUACUUACAUGUUUUCUUGGUGAACUUUGUGUGUGAAACUGAAACCAUAAAUUACAUUUGUCAAAUCAAAUGCAAGCUGUCUUUGUUAGGUCUUUUAUUAAGUUUGCUAGCUUUAGUUUAUUCAGCACUUUGGACCAAUAUGUGGCUGUGCAGGCAGUAAAGUUUAUAUUACUUUUACCUGAUUGUAUUUUCUUGCAUCACUGUUUUAUGUAUUGUUACUACAAUGUUGCAGUGUUGUUUCUACAUUCCUUUUGUUCUACCAAAAGAAACUGCUACUUCAUUGAGUUCUUCAUCCCUGGAGCAUUUUUGCAGUGCAGGCUUUCAGUAGAGCCAGCAAAAAUGUGAUAGUUAAGAAAUGUAUAGCUUCUUUGAAAUCCAGCCACUUACUGCAUGCCAACUUUUGUUGUCAUAAAAGAACUCAUAGCUGUGUCAAUGCUGUAAAUUUUGUUGUGUAAACUGUUUGUUGACAAUGGAUAAAUAUAUGGCCCAUGUUAGUAUGUGUGACGUGAUUAAAUAAACGUCUGAGCUCUAAAACACCUUAAUUGCUACCACUGCAAACUAUCAGCAGUUUUGCUCUUGAUUGUUUUUCACACAUCUUCAUGUUCCACUUUAUGGAGUCAUUCAGUCCUGGACAAUUUUACUUGUAUUACUCUCACCAUUAUCUUCUAUAUUUCUGCUUAAAUGAGAACCAAUAUGACAAUAUAUUUUUUUAGUUUUAUUUUGUUAUUUUCUUGUCAUUGCCAGAAUAACCAGCCUAUUCUGGGGACAAUGUAGGCGGGGGGCUACUUGGGCCACUCACAAAGCUUGAGAAAGAAAACGAUUGCAGUACAACCGUCAUAUUAUGUCAGCCCAGGGUUCUUCCAUUUCCCAUCCUGCCUACUAGCGUGUCACAGCUAAGUUGGGCUAAGCUAACUAAAAGGGGGGGGUAAUGAGGUAGAAUGAUGAGACCAAUGGCGUUUUUUUAGCGACCAACAUGCACAGACUGGUGAAUUUAUCUCAUAAAACUGAUUGACUAAUUAGUGAAAAUUAAAUAUCUAAGUUACUAAUUACUUGUAUAAUUGCCUGCAUGUCAAAGUAUGCAUCGCAUUCAAAUGUUUGCUCAGUGCUUCCCUGAGAUGCUUGCAUGAUGUGCUUUAAUGUUUAGACUCCAUAUUGCGACUCCAGUUUCUUGAACACAAUGCUACAUUGUAGACUGUUAUCAGGGAUGUGAACUCCAUCUUUUGGUACGUCUUCCACACUAAUGCAAUGAAUGAUUCAUUUGCAUCCUGUGUCUGAAAUCUUGAUGUCAUUCAAGAGCUCUGCCUUGCUAAGCCUGUCACAUAGUGGUACUUGCUCUUUGACUCUACCAAAGUCAGGAAUAGUGGGUUCUUGGCACUAACCUCUUGCCAGCAGCAACCAGGGCUCCAAGUACAAAUGGCACUUGGAGUAAUCACUUAUUGUAAUUUGAUUGCAAUCCACCAGUGUGAGUUUCAGUAUCAACUUACCAGUUAAUCAAGACUUACAGUGAUUAAAAAUAUGCAAUCUUUAAUGCUAUUAGCAUUAUUAGUGUACUUGACACACUUCCCAGUAUCUGUCUUGGUAUCUUUCUAUGUCUCCUGUGGAAUUUCAUCAUUGGGUAGACGAUGGCCUAAUGGAUAGAGCAUUGUGCUGAUUUGCAUAGGGAACCUGGAUCAAAACCAAUCUAUGGGCAAAUUUUAACCACUGGCUGUUUGUCACUCUUCAAUAACCUCUUUGGCAGCAAUUUGGGUGGCUGAGUAUGUGCUGCCCUACAGUGACAAAAAUAUUCCUAAAAUUUAUCUGGUGCUGGGUGAAAUCAAACCUCCAUCAUACGUACAUAUUCAGGACACUGCCUGGAUAUAUAUUCACACAUGCACACAGACUUCACACCAGUUCCACUAGAUGGUGCCGGUUCCAGGAGGAAUGCAAAAGAGGUGAUUGGCCGCUUAUGGGCCUCGUACAUGACCUGUUUCAACAGUGGCAACAUAGUGUUUCGCUACUUCAAAGCUAACCGCAAUAAUGUCAAUAUUCAUUAUGAAGAGAUGCACUUUCUGCUGGAAUUUUUUGUUGUGUUUCUGCUGGAUGGUGUUUUUGUUUCGACUUGCCACUCAAUACUGGCUUUGCACAAAUUCAUAUACUACUUCCUUUUUGUUCUUUUUCUGUGUGUCAUGCUUUUACUAUAGCUACAAAGCAUAAACAACCUUCUUGGGA